CCUUAUUAGCAAAAAUAAAAUUAAAAAAAAAAAAAAAAAUACCUACAUAUGUACAUAUAUAUGCUAUACGUAUCUAUAUAAUACAUAGUAUACUACCUAUUUGCUUUCCUUUUUUUAUUUCCCCUACCAUUUUUGAAAAAAAAAAAAAAAUAAUAAUGACCGAGCAACCUGGUUGAGGCUAGCCCCCAAAUGAUAAACUCUCCGCAAUCACCAAAGGGGCAUGAGCACUUAAAAAGAAACGAACUGAGGGGAACCACGACGAAUGUUAAAGCGAAGUUCUAAACGCGGAAAAUGAAAGGGAGUACCAACGCUGAGGGGGGAGAGGGGGACGCCGAUGAUGUUGUGAGAGAGGAAAAUAUGGGCCACGAGAGGGACGAUCAAAGUGGCGCAAAAAGUGUGACCCAAAGUGGACUGGGCAGUGUUACCCCAAAUGGACUGAGCAAUUUGCCCCACAGUGGAGCGCAACGCCUGAACGAGGGCGCUCCCCCAAAAGGGGCGGAAAUGAACCACCACGUGAAGAUCACCCAACCGAGUAGCCCCCGCAAAGAGAGCGCAAGUGCGAAGAAGAGUUGCCCUCUGAAGAGCAACUUCCUCAAACCCAUCACGAAACACACCAUGCUAAGGAGCGUAAGCGCUAUAAGGGAAUGCACCUCUGCGAAAUGCGCCUUGCGGGAACACCACCAGGGAGGAACAAGACCGAUAAGCGAAAUUGAACCAACCAUUAAAUCUCCCGUAAUGCACUCCUUCCCAACGAAUGAAAAAAAAAAAAACAAAAUGAAGAACAUCACGCCGAUACAAAUUCCCGCGCACAGAAAUGUUAGCACCUUUGUUAAGAGGAACCCCCAACAAAUCUUAAAAAGUUACAUUCAUAUGAUGAAUAAUGAAAGGAACAAUUUCUACCUGAACGGGGAAUGUGCAGAUAAAAAAGGACAUAAAAAUAAAUACCCUCCUUUUUUGUUAAAAGAGCGCAUACUGAACUUUAGUAAAAGACCCAGGGACAUCAUUUCGAAGCUAUCAAACGCCCGCAGCAGUGGCAACAAUUUGGAGAAAAAUAAAAAAAAAAUGAAAGUUGAUAGGGAAGAAAAAAAUGACGAUGUUAUCCUUUUGGACGGAGAUCAAAAUUUACCUUGCCGUUCAGGUGAAAAUGGACCAAAAAGUGGCAACACAGGAAACAACAAUUUGGUGGAGGGGAACAAUAAGGGGAAGCACACAGGUGGAAGUAGCACCUUCAGUUCUUUGAAAAUCCCCCUUGCAGUGAAACGGAAAGAUGGUAAAAUUACCGUCAAAAGGAACAGCAUAGCAAUCGCGGGAAUAAAAAAUAAACAAAGUUGUGCAAAUCGUACGAGUGGAGAAAAAAUCGACGGUGUAAAAAACGCGCCCUUUAAAAAGAUUUUUAGCGCGGAGGAGGCGCACAAGAUAGAGCUGAAUUACGGCAAUAAUUUUAGCGGCAUGGAGAAGAGGGAAGAAGCAAAGGUGAAGGACUUCUACUGCAAGUUUUACAAAUGCACACAGGCUGUGAAAGAGGGAAGUGAGGCCAACGCAGGCUGUGCUAGUGACGCGUCAAAUCUGCAAACUUCCUGCUUACGAACGCUCGACGCGCCGUCCAAAUACUGCAAAUCGUGCAGGAAAUUUUUAAAGCUGCUCAUAUCUCACGGCACCAAGUUCAAAGGAACGCUAGUAGGCAUAAACUUCAUCCGCCCAGACGCGCAAAACGUCGUGUACGCGUACAAGUGCGAUAAGCAGCACGAAUUUAACCUGUCGCUCUUUCACAUCAUACACAAUUUGUGGUGCCCGCAUGAUUAUUGCCUGUUCGAGUGUAAGGGCAAGCGUGAGAAAAACUACGCGACUGAGUUUUUUCGCCUCAAGGAGUUGGACACCAUGGAAAAGCAGAAGGACCUGUUUUUGCAGGCCAAAAUGUUUUGCCUCCUCAACCCGGAGAACGCCUUGCCAGACAGCAGCGAAAACGCCGGCGCAGAAUGCACCGAUGAUGUUGAGAGGAUUAUAAGGAAUGCCAAUGACCCGUGGGAAGUUCUCCAGAUCAAGAAGUUUUCCAAAAUGGAGUUGUGUGACAAGGAGUUAAAAAGGAAAGCACGAAAAAACUACCGCGCCCUGGCCCUGAGGGUUCACCCCGAUAAGAACAAAAGUAAAAAUGCCACGCUAGCUAUGAACAUUUUAACCAAUUCGAUGAAGGCAGUAACAUCCGCGUAG